GCUCUAACCAUCUGCAAAUUGCGGCCGCAUUGGCACGAAUAAUCACCUCAAAAGGCUGGACACAAGAAGCUAGUCCCCUGGACAAUCUCGGACUGCACCAUUUUGUUCGACAUGGAGUCUUUUCAAGGAAAAGCAAGCCAAGACGAGAUUCGGCGGCUGUCGAUACCUCAAGUCUACGUCCACCUGCAGUUUGGCGUAUCAUGGUCACCACGGCACACACCCCAGACUCAUGGGAUGACAUACAUGUCAAAGUCCCUGCGCAACUCUUCAGAUUUCCCACGGCAAGUCGGGCAACCAGUCCCAAGACUAGUCACGAAACAGACAAGGCCACGAGAUACGACCACCACUCACCAUUACAACAAGGCCUCUGCUGCUACUGCUAGGCAACACAACGUUCAUCAGACACGCAGACCAGAGGAGAAGCGCCAAAGCAGACCCGCAGACGCACAUCGCCACCAAAGAAAGCCAGAGUCUCAGAGACAGCCCCGUGGUGAUACGAGAGGCCCUUCGAAUGACCGAGGAAAUUCAGCACCACCGGCGUCACACAAUAAUCCAUGGGUCGGCAUUGGGGAUUUCAUGACGCCAGCAGUGCCACCGACACAGAGGAGUGGCCGCCUUCAGACGACACCUCCUCACGUCUGGAAAACUCUGCCAGCUACCCCGAGCCAGUUCCGUCUCGGAGCCGAUGGGCAACCUUGGUCAUCAUGGGCGUAUCCGGAAGGCUACCCAACCACAGAGGACGGACAGGAGAUUACCGAGGAGUUGGCGGUCUUCGCCAACAACCCGACGACUGUCAAUCUCGCAACAGAAGGGGGCAUCGAAAGACGACCGAGCGAUGACCCCGCGCGGAUACAAGAGCUGGAGAAAUUAUCUUUGGCCAUGGUCACUGUUGACAAUGGUUUCGAGAAUCAGUGGUGGUACCAAGGAUCGCGGGAAUCUACCGACCGCAUCGGGCGCGGCGUGGACGACACGGAAAUCGUGUACUCGCCACACAGCGAUCCCGGCGACAACAGACUAGUCUCUGCGCUGGAACAGGACCUAACAGGGCCUGACUGGUCGAUCGCUUACGACAAAACCGCCGCCAGCGUGCGCAUGAUGGUCUCACCAAUAUCGGAAAACUCUAUGAGUCCUGUAGGGAACUUCCAGCCGGUUCAAAGAUCCAUGACUACCCGCUCAGAGGAGCUCUUCAUUGGAUCGUGAAGGUCGAUGUUGGCCAGGCAGAGACUCGAAGGUACCAACCCCGAGGAACGGACUGAAUUUGAGUAUGGCUUUGGACAGGAUGUCUCGAAGGCACCACUUGCCAAGGACAUGUCUGUGCCUGCAUAUCAGCACGAUAAUGGGUGCGCAUGCAACGGAAUGAAGGUUAUGGCAUUGCGCAGGCGUAUGGUCAUGUGACGACGAAAGAAAGCAUUUGGAGGAUAUUCCCCUGCAAGCAUUGAGUACGGCGUUUCUACGGGUGGACCAACAGAGGUCCUGCACACAACAGUGCACGCCGGCUUCCUGUGUUGCGUUGAAAACUACGUAAAUAUAGACGUGCAAUAAUUUGAAUCAACUUUUGAUCAGAUGUGG